ACAAUUCCCUGUAGCUCCUUCUUAAACCCCACCGCUGCAAAACCAACCUCUGUCUCAUUCUGUCAAAUUUUCAAUAUUCCAUUCACAAUCUCCGCCGAAUUUCUCAAAAUCCGAGCAAAUCUGCCUCAGUUUUCUCUGAUUUUUCAUUCUCCUCACAAACCCAAUUCAAUUCUUGCUUUGCAUAAUCCAAUUUCUAACUCUGUUUAUUUAUUCAUAAAUUUUUCGCAGGUUCCUUAUGGACCCAGAAAACAUUGAUUGGGGCAGCAUAGAAUCUGUGUUCGUCGAAGAUGAGACGUACGAGAACUUCGAAGCGCCUAAAUGGGUCGACCUCUCCAGCCCAGAUGCGCUCAUUGGCGAUGAAGCCUGGUUCUGCAGUCCUGAUUGCAACCAUCCGAAGGCGGCUGAGGAUUUCCUCAAAUCAGCACGUAAUCGGAAGGUGAAGCUUCUAAGAUCUUUAUCCAUUUCUGAAAUCCUUCCUUUUAGGGAAAGGAAUCGGAGAGAUGUGAAGGUAAAAGGGGUAGAAAUCAAACCACCUUUAGCUGCAGCAGAGUUUCCCAAGACGAAGACCGAAAAUUCGAAUUCUUUAUGCAAUGUGUAUGAAGAGAGUGAGAACAAGAAUCCCAACUUCCCACCUCCGCUUCCACUUUCGAAAACCAAAACAACGAAGGCUCCAAUGAAUCCAAGCAAUGUGAAGAAGAAAGCAGUGGAUGAAUCAUCUCAUGGUUCAUCAAAUUUUGGUAGGAAACCGCAGCUAAAGAGUACUUUCUCCGCCAGUAAUUUACUUGGCGGGCGAGCAAUGUUGAAUCAAAUCACGGAAUUUUGUGCGGAAUUGAAGAAAUUGGCGAGACGGGGUUCGAGAAAAGGUGGAUCAUCAGAGAGAGUUGGUUUGAAGGAGAGGGUUAGAGAGAGGAUCCCUCUGAUUGUUAGAGAAGGGAAGGUCUAAGAAAUGGAACAGAGUAAAACAGAAGGGAAGCCUAAGCAAUGGAACAGGGGAAAAUAGAGGAAGCUAGAGAAGGCCAAGUCUAACAAAUUAUUACACUAUAGUUAUCAUCUAAUUCAAGAUGUAAAUUGAAAUUGCAUUUGGAGUGCAGACAUAUGAUUUUUUUUAA